AUGAGUCCAAAUGCCUGUUGGCUUUGCAAGAUAUUCAGAGCAGAAGAAAAUGGGAUCGGUUCUAAUGUGUCUUUGGAGGAAGUGCUACAGUGAUCCCAGUCUUUUGAAAAGCUGGUAACAAGGAAAUAUGAGCCUCUGAUCUGCAAGACCUACUUGAAGACAGAACACUGUGAUGAAAAUACAGGAUUCUGGCUUGCUUGUGAAGCUUAUAAGAACAUUCAGAGGAGAAGGAUAUCCAUGGCCAGGAAGCUUUUUUCGAGAUAUAUUCAACCCUAGGCUCCCAAAGAGAUUAACACUGACAGUCCUGCGAAGAAAGGGAUCAUGAGGAAUAUCCAAGUGCCAACACAACCUUGCUUUGAUGAAGCACAGAGAAUAAUUUACAUGCACAUGGAAAGAGAUUCUCAUCCACGAUUUCUUGAAUCACAGUUCUACCAAAAACUCAAACACAGUCUUCAAACUAAUGGCAAACAAUUCAAUGGAACAGUGACACGGAAUGGGACAUCAUGA